UGCAACUUAUGUGGGAGAGUGUACCUGCGCAACUUAUGCAGCCUACCGUACACAUAUCGCAUCAUCGGGAGCCAAUCAGCGCCCAUAUCACGUCAUGUACGCGCCCUGUGAUUGGUCCAGGGUGUUGCUACGAAGAGGAGAUAAGAGAUCGGACCCCACGCCAGGCAUUCGCUACUGACCUCACAAUUAGAUGCACGCAUACGUGCCUUUUUUAUUCUACUCUUUUUUCAAAUAUAUUUUUCUGUACCUAAUGUACUUCUUGAGAUUAAAGUCAUAUAAAAUCAUAAAAGGCGUCGUCUACAUUAUUUGCUGCUGAUCCCGUUCCUGAGGCUACGAGCUGAACCCUGAGCCAUAUCCACGCGCAACAUAUUUUGGUCCUUCGAGCCGGAUGCAACCAGCGACGUGGCAUACCUACUCCAGGAUACUUGGCCAGAGUAACGCAAUCGGCAAGAUAGCCAUCGGCAGCUACACAGUGCUCUGUGCCUAAACGCGAACGUCUUUGUGAUCUGCCUACACACGCAAAGGUCGCCAGGCUGGUAGCUGCAUCGUUGGCAGCUGCGGCGAGAACACCUAACCCGGAUAACUGUAAGUACCUAGCUUCUUACAUUCUACCGACAUGGCGGAAGAUAAGGUGUUAAAAGAUCUUAUUAAAAAGAGAGGUUCUGUUAAAGGUAGACUCACUAAAUUUAUAAAAUAUAUAGAAACGUUCGACAAAGGUUUAUCCGUUAAUCAAAUGGCCGAAGUUAGGCUACGCACUCAAGGCGCGACGGGCUUAUAUACGGAAUUUAAUAAUAUUCAAUCUAAAAUCGAAGAUGUUCUUCCCGAAACCGAUCUAGACGCUCAACUCGACGCGCGAGACGAGUUUGAAGCCGAGUAUUAUAGUAUAAUGGCCCAAGCUGAAAAGUUAGUGAAAGACGAGGUUAAAAUCGAUUCCGAUAAAUCCUCAAACGCAUUAAAAUCGGUAAAAUUACCUACAAUUUCAUUACCUAGCUUUGACGGUUCACAUGAGCACUGGAUCGCCUUUCGAGAUACAUUUUCGUCAUUAGUACACAAUUCGCAAGAAAUUUCAGAUAUUCAAAAAUUUCAUUAUCUUAAAUCGUCACUUACUGGAAGCGCGCAAUUAGUUAUAGACUCAAUUGAAUUUUCAACCGACAAUUACAAUAUCGCAUGGGAGUUAUUGUUGAAUAGGUAUAAUAAUAACCGCUUGCUUAUUCAUAAUCACGUAAAGGCUUUAUUCUCAAUGCAAACGUUGCAAAAGGAAUCACCGGUGUUGCUACGGAAACUUAUAGAUAACGUGUUGAAAAACAUUCGCGCUCUUAAAGCCCUAAAGGAGCCUGUAGACUCGUGGGACACUUUAUUAAUUUAUAUGAUCGUUUCCAAACUAGAUUCCACCACUGAGCGAGAGUGGGAGCAACAUAAAGGUUCCUUGUCCGCCGAUUCAAUUGAGUCAAAAUUAACUAUCGACGAUUUAUUAUCAUUUUUAAGAGGCAGGGCAGACAUGCUUGAAACUUUAAUCGUAACGCACAGUAAGACCAAUUCGCAAGACUCAAAAAAGUAUACAAAUAGCAAUUAUACUCCAAAAGUGCAUUGCAACGUCGCGACGGAAAAACCGCAGGUGAAAACACCAUUUAAAAAACAAUUUAAAUUAUGUCCGAUGUGUAGUGAGAAACAUCCUUUAUAUUCAUGCCAAUCGUUUCUGGAUCUGAAUAUGAAAGAUCGUUUGCAAUUAGUAAGUGAUAAAAAUCUUUGCGAAAAUUGCUUGCGAACUGGUCAUACAGCUGAUUUGUGUAGGUAUGGGCCGUGCAGGAAAUGCGACAAAAAACAUAACUCAAUUAUUCAUCGCGACGAAGUUAAUGUUAUCAAUACGAACAGCUGUCCUGGCACGUCUAAGGCAAGCCAAAAUAAGCCUAAUGAGCCCCAUACCUCCACAGGUAAAUCGAGUAGUUAUUCCAUAACUAAUCACGCACACAUUGACAGCGGUCAUGUAUCUUUAAACACAGAUGUCCAAUGCGCACAGGCAUCAGUCGAUGAUUUCGAUGAACCGGUUUUGUUGACAACCGCUCUCAUUGAAAUAGUCGACGAUUUAGGUAUAAUUACGAAGGCAUGCGCGCUUCUCGAUAAUGGAAGCGAACGGUGCAUUAUAUCUCAAUCAUUAUGCGAUAAAUUAAAUACGCGCGUUAUACAGUCCACUCGAAGCUUGUAUGGGGUCGAUUCUGUGAUAUUAGCAUCAAAUCUUUAA